UUCUUCUUGCCAUCCAUUGAUCUCUCGCAUCGCACAUCUCCCGAGUCGCCGCCAUGAUGCUCAAGCAGCUCGUCCUGGCGGCCGCCGCGGCUGCCUUUGUCAUCGUCCCCGAGAUAUCCGAACAAGAUGAGAGCAUCUUCAAGGCGCUGCCCGUCGAGCCCGAGACGCUGCAGCUGCCGCCCGAAGCGCUGGGCCAGAGCCUCGACGUGCCCUGCAGGCAGUGCCGCGGCCGCGAUGCGCACCUCAGGCUGGAUUUCGCCGUCGAGGACGGCUCGCGGCUCAUGGUCAACGGCUUCGAGCUGUAUCCCCACGCCGACCCGUGGCGCGACGACCUGGUGGCCGAGGUGGUGCGGGCUGGCGGCGGCGGCGGCGGCGGCGUUGCCAACGAGCGCACGCUGGGCUACAGCCUGUCGGUGCUGCCGCGGGCCAAGGACGACGAGCAGCAGCUGGAGCUGGUGGACGUCAAGCUGCGGGUCAUUGAGGUCGGCCACCGGUUCGUCGACGACAUCCCCGUGGUCAAGGUUGGCCUGAUCAAGGCGCCCGGCGGCGAGAUUGUCAUUGCCGACAUGCAGCUCGUGCCCGUGCCCGAGAUGCCCUGCAAGUCCAUGUGGUGCCGCGCCAAGUCGGCGCUCAAGGGCUUCGGCGGCUGCCACAAGAAGAUGGACCACCAUCACAAGGGGCCUCACCCUCACCAUGGCCCUGGCGCCAUGGAGAAGGUAGAGGAGGAAGAGGGCGGCCACCACCCGCAUCACCACCACGAGCACAAGCCGCACCGCCACCAGCGCCCUCACCACGCACCCGAGGAGGAGUGGAACUCUGAGCGCGACUGGCGCCAGCUUGUCCUGAGCGUUGCGUCGCACAUUGUGCUCCCCGUCCUGAUGGGCAUCACUGCCGGUGUCGGUGUUGCAUUCUUUGCCAUGUUCUUGUGCAGCGUCGUGUACCGUCUGAGCGUGCUCAUCCGUGGUGGAGCGCCGCGCCGAUCGUGGUGCCCUCACCACCGACGCAAUGCCACUCGAUUCCCUUCUGCCGAGGAGGAGAAGGUGGGCUUGAUGGAGGCGGAGGAGGCUCAUGAUACGACUCCUGCGCCGGCAGCUUUCGAGGAUGAGUGUUGGGUCCCUGCUGCUGUGAGGUACUACACGUAUGCCUACCUACUUACCUACCUACCUACCAAGGUAAGGCAUUACAGAUUCUGGCUCCUCUGCCUGCUGCCCCUCACCCCUCAACCAGCUGCGGAG